CCAAUCACUUUUGACCACCUGGAUUACUCCAGAAGUGUUCGAAAUGCAGGAUGGACUACCUUGAUAUUGGAUCCUACAAUCGACGGACUACAAUUUACACAAGUCCUGAUGGACGGAGGCAGCGAUUUGAACCUGCUAUAUCCAAACACAAUCCGCAAGUUGGGGAUAGACCUUACUAAAAUUCGACAUAGCCGCACUUCCUUUAAAGGAGUGACGCCAUGCCCUUACGCCAAGUGCACAGGCUCCUUAUUACUAGAAGUUGUGUUUGGGUCACCGAACAACUUCCGACGUGAAAGACUAAUCUUUCAUGUUGCCCCAUUCGAAAGUAGCUAUCAAGCACUAUUGGGACGUGAAGCUUUUGUCCGCUUCAACGCCAUACCACAUUACGCGUCUCUUACACUUAAAAUGCCCGGUCCACGUGGCAUCAUUUCAUUACGAGGGUCAUAUAAAAGACCCCGGACACGGCUAGACGAGUCCGGCAUAAAUAAGCUAGGGGCUCCCUAG